CAUGGACCGGCCGUUCAAGCCGUUGAACAAAAGACACUGGCUCGGCCACUCCCGAAGAUGUCUUGAAGAUCUUGACCUUGCUUUCUUUUACUCUUUACAUUCGUUUGUUGUGAUCAACGCUGGUUGCCUGCUUCCUUUUUUUUUUCUGUAUUUUUUUUUCUUGGUCGUUUCGUUGCUGCACUUGCACAACAUUCUCUUCUCCAUCGGCGUGUUCCGAGGCCAUUCACUUCUUGUCUGUGACUUUUUUUUUUUUACUUUCUUUUUCUACCUUCGUUGACAAACGAGCCCUCUCGCUUCAAUAACAUCGAACAAGUAGAAAUUUCGCCAGUGGCAUCUUUUUUAACAACACUUCAACAAGAUAGCUCUGGAGCCUCUCUGAGAGUUCUGGGUUACCCGCUCCUUUUUUCGGGUAUUUUUUUUUAUUCUGAAAUAGAACAUACGACUUGAUACGACAAACAUGAUCGCACAAUCCCUUCUCCUUCUCGGUCUCUCGGCCCUAUGCCAGGCCAAAGUUCAGUUCCUGGGCGUUGCUAUCGCGGGUGGUGACUUUGGCUGUCAGAUAGAUGGCACCUGUCCCCUUGGUUCGACCCAGCUCCCCCUGGGGGGAUCUGGAGGAGGUGGCGAUGGAGCUGGUCAGAUGAACCAUUGGGUCAAGGACCGUGGGUUGAACAUGUUCCGGCUGCCCAUCUCGUGGCAAAGCCUGACCAACAACCAGCUCGGCGGACAGCUGGACUCAAAUAACUUUGGACGUUAUGAUCAGUUGAUGCAGAGCUGCCUAAAGACUGGCGCGUACUGCAUGCUCGACAUUCACAACUUUGCGAGGUGGAACGGCCAGAUCAUCGGGCAAGGCGGUCCCACAGAUGAUCAGUUUGUCAACCUGUGGACGCAGCUGGCCACCAAGUACGCGGCCAACGAAAAGGUCGUCUUCGAGCUCAUGAACGAGCCGCACGACCUCGACAUGGCACUCUGGGCACAGACCUGCCAAAAGGUCGUUACUGCCAUCCGCAACGCCGGCGCCACCAAGCAGAUGAUCCUCCUGCCGAGCAGCAACUUCAACAGCGCCGCGACCAUGGUCUCCAGCGGCGAUGCUGACCUCCUCGUGGCCAUCAAGAACCCCGACGGCACCACCGACGGGCUUCUGCUCGACGUCCACAAGUACCUGGACGUCGACAACUCGGGCACCCACAGCCAGUGCACCACCGACAACACCGCCGCCUUCCAGACCGUUGCUGACUACCUCAGGAAGGUCGGACGCAAGGCUCUUGUCUCGGAGACGGGAGCGUCCAUGGACAGCAGCUGCAUUACUGCCUUUUGCACGCAAAACGCGCUGAUCAAUGCAAACUCGGACGUAUUUAUCGGUUUGGUUGGCUGGGCGGCGGGAAGCUUUUCUACCUCUUACAUCCUCAGCCUGACGCCUACCAAGAACGGCAACACUUAUACCGACAACGCUCUCAUGAACCAGUGCAUGAUCGACACCUGGCUCAACUCCACGACCGUUGUUACUCCCACGCCGCAGCCGAGCUCCCCUGCGCAGUCUGCCUCGGGAUCGCCAAACCUCGGCGUGUCCACGACGACGCGGGCCAGCUCCGGCCUGGCGCAGCAGCCGACCGCCGCCCCGAACGGCACGCGCACCACCACCCGCCCGGCUUCUGUAUCCAUGAGCCAGAUCCUGCCCACCGGCGUCUACGACCCCAACAAGCAAAAGCCGACCGACUCGCCCACCACCCUGAUGAUGGCCCCAGGCACGCCGACCGUGCCGGGAGUUUCGCAAUCUACCGUCCCCACCAACGCUACUCGCCCGUCGUCCAGCGGCACGGACAGCUUCCCAGGGACCUCGACCCCGCUCCCCACUGCCGGGGCUGGCGCCACUGCGCCUCCGGUUUGGGGUCUCACCGCGGCGUUGCUUGCUGGUGCUUACUAUGUGUUAUAGAAAAAAAAAAAAGCUGGUCUAGGUGGUGGUUGUUGUUGAGCACAACCCCUUUUGUUUUUUUCUUUUUCUCCAAUGGGGUAUACGCACGACUCUGUGGAUUAUUUAAAGCCAAAAUAAAUAUAUAUAUAAAAAAGAGUAAUA